AUGAGGCAAAGGCAUUGGUUGGAUUUGAUGAAGGAUUAUGACUGUACUAUCGACUACCACUCAGGAAAGGCCAAUGUGGUAGCUGAUGCAUUGAGUCAGAAAUCACAUACCCUGACUCUUGCGUCACUGACCACCAGUGAGCAUCUCAUCGAAGAGGCCAAGAAAGUAGAUUUGAAACUACUAGUGGAAGGUGUCACCAUGUCAUUAUCAACAUUGAUGGUGCAGCCUAACCUAGUGGAUAAAAUUACUGCAGCUCAAGUUACUGAUGCAGAGUUGCAUAAAUUAAUAGUAGACUGCAAGGAAUGGAAACAGAAGGACCCAGAUUUCUCCUUGAUUGAAGGGGGAAUUCUUAAGUUCGAAGGAAGAUUCUUCUUUGGAUUUCAAGAUACAUUGUGGGAUGCAAAAGGUCGCCAUUACUUUAAAAACUGCCUUAUCGAAGGUGUUGUGGAUUGCACCUGGGGGAAUGGCCAGUCCAUAUAUAUAUAUAUAUAUAUGUAUGCAUAUAAUGAAACUAGGGGCCAAAACUCGGCAAAUGAUAAUAGUGGAUUUGUAUUUAAAGCUGGUAGAGUAUUUGGAAAUGGUAAUGAACAUACCGAUCUUGGUAGAGCUUAUGGAGCUUAUUCUAGAGUAAUUUGGUAUGGAACCAAAGUCUUUGAUGUUAAAGUUCCUGAAGGAGGACAAGCUUAG